AAAUUGGGCCUCUCAAUGUUGGGCCAUCAAACUAGAGAAGGCAGGAACCUUCUUUACUCAUCCGAGUCCCACGCCAAGAAAAACCCUAGGCAUCGUCGGCGCAUCUCCGACCGCCAUAGCAGCAGCAGCAGCCCCAAAGAGGCGGCGCGACGCGACAGCACAAGCCGCGGCGGCUGUUCGGAGAGGAGGGAGAUGACGCAGAAGCAGAGCCUGUUCAAGGGGCAGAAGAAGAACAAGUCCAUCCCUCCCAGCCGCCACGGCAAAGCCCCCCACGUCCGCAAAGGGAAGAGGGUCGUGAAGCCGAACAAGUUCACUGAGGACAUGGACGCCGACAAGGAACUCACCAAGUUCAUCAACCACUGCAAUGAGAUAAAAGCUGCAAAUCUUGCUAGCAAAGAAGGCGGCGACCUCAAUAUCUUGAAGCCGGACGGCGAUCAAUCUAAAUCGAAGAAGUAGGAAGCUGGAAGCUAAUACUGAUGUGAAACCGAAGAUGAGUGCGUGAACUGUGAUAAUGCUGUGUUUGCUGUUUCCCUGAAGAAAUUCCAUAUAGUUGGGUAGGAAUUAGGAAAGCAUGUUUAGCACAAAGUUACGGUGUAGUUUGCAACCAGUUUUGUUCUGUGUCACAUCAGUCCUUUUUUUUUUUUGUGUGUUGAAGCUUGCGUCUAAUUUUCCGAUCCAUUAAAACAUACUUAGCCGUGGGCCAA